GCUGCAGUACUGCCUAUCUCUUCCCGUUUCAUCAGCCGCUCCGUCCCCUUCCAUCCCCAUAGCAAAAAGUUUUCCGCGAAAGACGGUUGGUCGAACGCCUCGUCCUCCGCUUUGUCCAUCCUCCAUUACCGUCGCGGUCUACGCGAUGCGAAAGCAUUCAAACUCGUAGUACGAACAACCCAAAUCCCAUCCACCCUCCCCCUACCCCAACUCCUAAAACCCUAGCCUGCCACCACCCCGUCCCCGGCUUCCCUACCCACCACUGCUUCCCUCCGUCGCCACCCGCCACCGCUCCAAGCCGAGUGCCGAGAUGGCUUCCGCCUCGCCGUCGUGGGCCAUCCUGGGCAGCGUGCCGCGGGUGCUGGCUGCCGACGCCGACCUCCCUCCGGGCGCCGACCUCUCCCUCGCGCUGCCGGAGCCACCGCGCGUUGCGAUCCUCACCAUCCCCCCGCGCAUCUUCCCGGGCCGCACCACCUCCAGAAGCUUCCCUUCCGUCCGCGCCGUCGACGCCUCCGGCCUCCUCCUCCUCCAUGCCGACCAAGGCCCCGCCAAGGGCCCCACCGUCAUCGACCUCCCCAGCCGCCGGGAGUCCUGCUGGCGCCCAAACGUCGCGGGAUACUUCGUCCUCGACGCCAAAUCCGCGUCCGCCCUCCCGCUUCCCAAUCCCGAGUACAUCAUGCACCCGGGCCACCUCGGCCUCAUCGCCUCCCCAGCCGACGCCGGCCACUACAUGGUCGCUGAGCUCCAGAUGAUCCUCGGCGGCGACCGUGCCGACCUCCUCUGCUUCUCCUCUGAAGCCGGGGAAUGGGUCACCAAGGACGUCCGCUACCCGCUUCCAUCCCGCCCCUUGAGCCCCAAUGGCGUGGUCUCGCACUCCGGGAGGCUUUGGUGGGUCGACCUCUCCUGGUGCCUCCUCACGUGCGACCCCUUCGCCGACGCGCCGGUGCUGAGGGUCGUCCCGCUUCCGGAGGGCAAGGCGCUCAAAUCGAGGGAAGCUUGGGGACUACUCGACAAGUACCGCUGCGUGGCUGUCAGCGGCGGCAAGCUGCGGUUCGUCGACAUGUACAGCAACCGUAACAGCGGCGGCUCUGCUCAGAUCGGCGUCUGGACGCUCGCCGAUCCGGACUCCACGGAGUGGACGCUGGAGUAUGAGGCCACCUUUACAGAGAUCUGGGACGACGCAAGCUACAAGGCGAUUGGUCUGCCCAGGAAGAUCCCCGUGCUUGCGCUCAUCCACCCUACGAACCCCGACGUGGUCUACUUCUUUCUGGACGAGCACCUGCUCGGCGUGGACGUGCGUGCUCGCAAGGUUGUGGAGUGUGAGGUCUACGAGCUGGUUGCCCCACCUAGCCAGCACGUGGGCACCCGUUUCGUUCAUGCUUGGCAGCUGCCACGGACUCCCUGUUCAGAUGAUGAUGUUACGUGUCCUUCCCAAUCGUCUCGUGUCCCCAAACCAGUAUGCAAGUUCUUCCUUACAUUACAGGGUUGUAAAAAUGGCAACUCUUGUUCAUUUUCACAUGAUUGUGGCUCCUCGAACUCAAAAAAUGGAGAUGGGCAUGCAGUGGAGUCUGAUUCAGGGACAAAUGGUAUUAACCUGUUAGAUGAAAUAAAUGUUUUCAUUAGGCAUGGGGGCCCAACCUUAUCACUGCAGGUGAAGUUGGAUGAACCCUCGAAGCUCAUGAUGAACACACUUCGAACUAGAACAAGGAAUUAUUUUGCUGAUAUGUAUUUCUGGUAUGGCUGAAAGUUAUACACCCCGAUCAUACACUGAGAUCUUAUGGUGUGUUAAACAAUUGCACCAUCAAGCUUUCAGGAAGGAUCCGAGGUGGAAUAUCAUUUACGAAAUAUGUGGCAGACAACAAAAAUAAGAUGAUGGUUGUGGUGAGAAUGCCUGAUGGCCAGUAUUCCUUGGAGUUAGCAAGAGCGGGUUGCUUGUUUAUUAGAUCUUUAAUUUGUGCAUUCACGUAUACCUUUGCCAAGCGCAAGUCUUGGAAUGGUACAAUAAACUGGGAUGAACAUUUCAGAGUAGUCAAUGGAUUGGUGCGAAUUUCAAAGGCCGCAGUGUCUAAUUUGGAAGGUCCAUCCAUGCAACUGGAUGUGAAUGAGCUCAUUCUCUUCAUUCAGAAGAACUUUUCCAACAAGACUGCUAAGCUUGUCUCAAUUUACCCUCCCUACUUUGAUAAUCUUUUUACGGUAUUAAAAUCAUUGCAAAUAGCAGUCUUACUUCCGCAUGACCGGUUAGUUCUGGAGACUCAUGUAUGUUUGAUGGAGUCCUUUGACAGACUAAUAUUUGCUAUUCUCCUUAAGAGAAAACAUGACGGACUUCUGGGAGAUGAAUUGAAUAAGUGGAACACAUGCAUAAAUCAGGCAAUGGCCCCCAAUGAAUUUGAAACAAGUUUGGAUAAGGUUCCUGUGUUUGAAGAUGUUUUUAAGGCGGCGGCGGAACGGAAGGAGGAAUAUUCAAAGACCAAAUUUUCUGCAUUUCGUCUAUCUAGAGAUUAUCCAGUACAUGUCCUUAGUCACAAGAACGUUACAACC